AUGGCAGAAACUAACAAGCCAGCUGAAUUGCCGGCCGAAUGCUGGGAAUCGAUUAUGAAUUCCCUCGAUCAGAAUCGAAGCUUCGAGUCCCUCUCCCUCGUCUCCUCCCAAUUCCUCUCCAUCACCAAUCACCUCCGCCGUUCCCUCACCAUCACCUCCCGUACGGCCCCGUCGCUCUCGCGCUUCAAUCCUAACGGCUCGUUGGAUUUGCAGUCGUUUAUGACCUUCGUGACCGACGAAGGGAUCGCUGAUUUGUCUUCGAAGCUGAUCGACUUGCGGCGGAUCGACAUUUCCGGUAACCAGUUCAUUACUGAUAAAUCGGUUUUGUCUUUGUCGUUGAAUUGCUCCUUGUUGAGCGAAAUCGUGCUUCUUGAUUGCGAUUUCAUAACCCAGGCUGGAAUUGGGUUGGCUCUACGAAGUACCGUGAACUUGAACUCCGUGGCUUUGGACGGAAUUGGCAUCCCUUCGCUGGAUUCCUCCAUGAAGGAGUCGUUUGCCUAUGCGAAGAACUUGGGCGCGCUUCAUCUGUCCAACUCGUUUAUAUCAGAUGAAUUGCUAAGUUUGGUUGCAGAAGCAAAUCUUUCUCUGGAGAAGUUGUCAAUCUCCCACUGCUAUAAUUUCAGUUCUGUUGGGGUUCAGUACUUGUUGCUGAGAUAUCAAUUCUUAGCGUACUUGGAUCUCGAAGGAGCAAAUUUUCUCACCGAUGAGUCCAUGAUUGAGUUCUGCAACUACCUUCCCAACUUGACAUUCAUAAACCUUGGCCUCUGUUCUAAGCUCACAGGGCUUACAUUCUUUACCCUGAUGAAUGCCUGCCCAUUGCUCGAAGAUGUUAAGAUGGAGAGCACAAAUAUCGGGGUGGAAGAGUGGCAGGAACUCGCCUUGAAGAAAUCCAAAAUCAAGACCCUGGAUUUGGCUGGCAAUAAUAGCUUGAAUGAUGAGUGUCUGAAAAGGGUUGCUUUAGGCUGUCCGAAUUUGGAAAUGCUUAACAUCAGCUACUGCCCCAAUAUCACAGAAGAUGCAGUUACUCAAGUUUUAAGCAACUGCACUCGGCUAAGGCACCUGGAGAUUAGUCGAUGUUUUGGAAUUAAAAGCCUUGUCAUUGACUUUGAUCUUCCUGAGUUGGAGGUACUGAAAGCUCAAGGAUCUGUUCUGGAUAAUGAAGCACUAGGAAUGAUUGCAGAGAGCUGUAAGGGGCUGUUGCAAUUAGACUUGGAAUCUUGCUUAAGUGUCACAAAACAGGGCGUGGGUCGAGUGGUGGAGCAUUGCAAGAAGUUGAGGGAGAUAAACCUGAGGAGUUGUGAGAGUUUGGGGAAUGAUAUUGUUGCAUUGAUGGUGUUCACAAGGCCUUCACUUAGGAAAGUUAUUCCUCCUUGUGGGAGUAUGUUUAGUGAUCAGCAGAGGAACCUUUUCCUUAGGCAUGGAUGUUCGGUUUCCGAAAGCUAG